UCAUCUCUCUUCGGCUCCUAUCCCAGUUCUGGGAGUGUGCCAAUUUGCACUUUAUUUCAUCCGCACGGUGAGCACGAGAUGACCGCAGCAAGGAUCAGUCCAAAUGCUAAAUACGUAGUUACCAUUGGAAAUGAAAUAAAUCAAAAAGUUCAUUUCUGGCUGUGGACGUACGGGAAAGACGAACCUGAUGGAAUUAUGGAAUUAAUUGAAAUUAGUGGUGACAGAGUGAAGGACAUAGCUUUCAACGAGGAUCUUCCGGAAGAAUUCGUUUUAACCGCUGAUGCUAAUGUAGUAUUCUGCAAGUGGGAAAACAAUGAGUUGACGCGUUAUUACCCCCAAAUCUUUGGUAACGCACUGCGAUAUGGAAACUUUAAUUGUUCCUGUUUCAUAUCGAAAUCACAUCGGGUGGUAACGUCAUCGACAAACGGAUAUAUUUUGCUUUGGAGCAUUGUCAGUGGUACAGAAAGGAGCCACGUUAAAUCUGUGCGGCUCCAUAAAUGCAGUAUCACCGCACUAAUACAUCACGAUGGAUUGAUAGUGGUUGGCACAGCGGGGGGCCGAAUUUGUUUCUACGAUAUCGAGUUAAAAAUACUUUAUGCGUGCCAAAAUUCUUAUUUAGAUUGUAUACAGUCGAUCAGCUUUGAACUAAGAACCUCGUUAUUAGCUCCUGUGCCCGUAGUCAGUGAAUCUGAACUUGAAUUCAGUGAAGAAGACAGUGUAGAAUAUGAAGGAGAGUUUGAAGGACAUUCAGAAAGUAAACUAGAAGACUCUCUCUGCGAUGAGAAGAUUGGAUAUUUAAAAAAAAUCGAAUCACUAAUCUUGGAGGAAGUUGAAUCUUCCGCGACUGUCAAUUUGGAACCUAUGCUUAGAAAUCACAAUAGAGACAAAGAAAAUUUUACGAAAUCUAUUGGGCCUAUAGAUACUACUCUUGAAAGUUCUCUUUUUUACACUGACAAUUUCAUUGUCAGUUCGUUAAAUGGAUCAAUUGCAUUAAUUGACAUACCCUCACUGAAAUGCAAAUUUAUCUUUCAAGACACGGGUGGACUGAUUACCAGUUUGGAUGCUCAUCCGCGAAGUGAUUUCAUAGUCACCGGAAAUGCUCACGGCUUACUGUGUUUAUAUGAUUACAAGAAGCGCAAAGUUAUUCUACGCCGGAAGACUCCUCCUCUUCCAGAUUUGAACUUGUUGAUUGAACAUCAAGUGAAAUGCGGUCACAUUGUUUAUUCUACGUGCCCCCAGAACAACGAAAAAUUAACUGCGAUUACGGUGCUAAAAUAUUCACCAGCAGGUGACAUGCUCGCGUGUGGCCUUGAAAAUGGAGUAUUAUGGAUGUUGCACCCCAUUACUCUAGAUCCUCUUGAUGAAAUCCCUUACAAGCAUUCCACAGAAUCAAUACAUAAAUUAAUUUUUACAGAAUGCGCCGAAUAUAUGGCUUAUUCGGAUAACACACAGGUAAUAGCAGUAUUCAAAAGAAAUCGUCAACUAUUUUUUGGAAAUUAUCUGUGGAAUUUCCUCGGAAAAUAUCGUGUUCAUAAUGGAGUAAUAAGGGAUCUACUUUUUGGACCAGCUACCUGUAACAGUGUCGUACCUCGAUUGUUUUCAUUGGGGGAAGAUAAGAAUCUGAUCGAGUACAAUCUUGAAGAUAGUGGACCAUAUCCUGAUCCUGGUUUAUUGAUAGCUGAAAUCUAUCAAAUUGAGUAUACUGCCAUUCCCCUUUGCCUUGCAUGGUAUCCUGAGUUGGGUAUUGAAAAAUUUUUAAUGAUCUCUAAUUCUGAGUACAAGUACAGGUUACUGAAUGAUCAAACCAAAAUGAUCCGAGGAACAUUUUUGGGUCCGCUUUUUAGUACACCAGUUCGAUAUCUCAAGGUAAUACCUGGUAUGGAGCUUAAGGGUGGAGGGUACAUAAUAUUUGCGACUGAAAAGGAAAUCGGUCUUCAAAUAUAUCCUUUUGAUGGUAAUCCUUAUAAGAUUUUGGGAAUGAUAGGCCACCCACGUAAGGUUACUAAUAUUUCUAUUAACUCGGAUGGUAACAUAUUGUUCACUUCCGGUCACAACGAUCACUGCGUGUUGAUGUGGAAAAUAAAAUGCAGAUCUGUUGAUGUGUUAGCACGUUUAGGGGGUGAAAGCCUUAAUCCAUAUUACUGCCUUAUUCAAGGUGGCAAAACAGGAUGGUUUAUUAAUGAAAUGAGAGAUUUCUUUUAUUACGCUCAAAUCUUGCAGCAAGGAGAAAACACGAUAGCCAUCAGAACAGUAUCCGAAACGAUUUCCAUUAAACAGAUAACAAAUCUUAUGCGUGCCGUUGGAUAUUAUCCCAGCAACGAAGAAAUAGAGAUUUUUAUGGGGGAGAUUUCUUACAGAAAUUAUGCUGACACUGGUCAACUAGUUGAGGAGGUUACAUUCGAGCAGUAUGUGAAACUUUAUAUAAAUCAUCGGCCAGCAUUUGGAAUUUCUAUGCAUCAGUUACAGGAAGCUUUUCAGAUUUUUUCAAACCCACAUCGAAGAGUAUCGCUGAAAGAGGAGAACCCAGUAAUGACUCGAGACAGAUUUGUAAAAAUACUGUUUGGUGAAGGCCCUGAAGGAAUGCUGAAAGACACUGACAAUCUUUUUGGAGAACCGUUGACAUCUCACGAAGCAUUCGUAUAUUUGACAUUUUUGAUAAACUCUGAUGAGCAUUUGGAGGAUUUGUUUUAUCGAGAUAAGGAUACACGAUCUCCGUCGGUGGAGUUUACGUUUUUACCAGAACCAAUGGUUUGUACGAGCUCAGCAGCAGUCGACUAUCGUCCAACGAUAAACGAAAACAAAAAACAACAAAAUUCGCGAUGGAAUAUCGUUUUAUUUGAUAUUUUGUUCGCUAAAUAUCACAUCGAAAUCUUGGCAAGUAUAACGUUGACUGGCUAGAGAGAAUUUA